AUGAAUCGUUAUACGCUCAUAAAACAACUGGGAGAUGGAACUUACGGUUCUGUGCUACUUGCUACGUCUUUGGAAACGAAGGAAAAAGUAGCUAUCAAAAAAAUGAAAAGAAAGUUUUACUCUUGGAACGAGUGUCUCAAUUUGCGCGAAGUCAAGUCUUUAAGUAAACUGUCUCACCCAAGUAUUGUGCGACUUAGGGAAGUAGUGCGUGAAAAUGACCAUCUUUAUUUAAUAUUCGAGGCACUUGAGGGGAACAUUUAUGAGCUUAUGAAGACAAGGACAAAGCUUUUUCAGGAAGAGACCAUUCGAAAUAUAAUUUGGCAAGUCCUAGAUGGUCUACAUUUCAUGCAUAAACAAGGGUUUUUUCACCGGGACAUGAAGCCUGAAAAUCUGUUAUGCAACGGCCCAGAAACUGUAAAACUAGCUGAUUUUGGACUCGCUCGUGAAAUCCGUUCACAGCCUCCAUAUACUGACUAUGUAUCUACCAGGUGGUAUCGGGCUCCCGAGGUGCUUUUAAGGUCAACAAGCUAUAAUUCACCAGUUGAUUUAUUUGCCGUGGGCUGUAUAAUGGCAGAACUGUACACAUUUCGUCCAUUGUUCCCUGGAAGUUCGGAAAUUGAUAUGGUUUUCAAGAUUUGUUCUGUUUUGGGUACACCUUCUAAGACCGAUUGGCCUGAGGGACAUCAACUAGCGGCUGCCAUGAAUUUCAAAUUCCCACAAUGUUCUCCGGUACCGUUACACACUCUAAUUCCAAAUGCUAAUCAUGAAGGUAUUCAACUUAUUCUGGACCUUAUUUCUUGGAACCCCAAACACCGACCGACGGCACGUGAAGCUUUAAAAAGACCAUAUUUCAAACCUAUACAAGCUUUUAAGAGCAUCAUUUCUCCUGCUAUUGAAGGUGAUAAAUCACAGCGUACUACUGCUCAAAAAUUUAGAUAA